UUCAGUAUGGUUUUUGAUAUUUUUGCGCAAGGAACUGUGAUGACACGGCGCGCCUCAAGUGCACGAAAGUAGUUUAGAUAGCCAGUGCAACGAGUAAUGUUACAAAAUGUGUUGAAUGUAAAUAUAAUUUUAUUUCUAACGGUGUUAGACAAACAAAGUCGUAUAAUUCAAGAAUAAGUUUAAGUUCCCGAAAUAAAAUAAAGUUCUUCAGAGUAACAUAUUUACCAAGAAAACAUUUUUCCAUAACUUAUUGUCAAAAGCACUGAAAUUGAGAACAAAAACAUUCUAAAAAACACACAAAGCAUAUUUUUAGGCGCGUUGCCGCCGUCAUCACCAACAUUCAAGUCAAUGACACAGGGUAAAAUCGUAAAAAAAUAUAGAAAAUAACAUAAUGACACACAAAAGCGCCGCAGCAAGCGCUCAGCAAAGCAACAACAAAUUCAGCAACAAAACGUGCGCAUCACAACAAUAGCAACAACACUGCAUACCGCUCACGCCGAGCACGCCCAAUCGUGCGCUGCACACUAGACACGAGCACACGCUCUCAGCGCGACAAACUCUCAGCAACAGUUAAGCGCUGUCAUUUCACGAGCCGCUUGUAUUCAUCCAGCUGUUCGAUUUGCUGACGUUUCUACACCCAGCUUGUGUCAAAAGCGACUUUUAGUACUUGUCUGUUUGGACGUCACAGCAAAGUGUACUAAAAGCACACACAAAAACCAAAGUAGCAAAAUAAAUAAAAAGUAACGAAAGCAGAAAUCGUAAAAAACAAAAAACACGAAGAAAAGCAUAAGGCGGGUGUAGUAAAAAAAACGGUAACCGCCAACACAACCGGCUGCAUAGCAAAUCUAAUAUGCCUGUGCACUCAGCAAUAUCCGAUAAGCGCCCGUAAAUAUGCACUGAAUUUCGUUUUGUGUAACAAUCAAUCGUUGCCUACAUUUAAGCGCGCAAAAGUUUUUUUUAAUCUUUCAAGAUAUGCAAAUAAACGAGUAUAGGCAUAAACUAAGCAAAUUGUAAAAAUGUCCUCAUUACGCAAUUUAGCCACUUUUUGGCUAAAUUGCAAAUUUAUUUGCCUUUUAAUUGUGUUGCUAUUGCUCUGCGAAAGCGUUGUCCAAGUGCACGCGAAUCCAGAUGCCAAACGGCUCUACGAUGACUUGCUCAGCAACUAUAAUCGGCUCAUACGACCUGUUAGCAAUAAUACGGACACGGUAUUGGUAAAACUUGGUCUACGCUUAUCACAGCUGAUCGAUUUGAAUUUGAAAGACCAAAUCUUAACGACGAACGUUUGGCUCGAACACGAAUGGCAGGAUCACAAAUUCAAAUGGGAUCCCUCGGAGUAUGGCGGUGUUACCGAGUUGUAUGUGCCAUCCGAGCAUAUUUGGCUGCCCGAUAUAGUGCUCUAUAAUAACGCUGAUGGCGAAUAUGUCGUCACAACCAUGACAAAAGCUAUUCUCCAUUACACCGGCAAAGUUGUUUGGACGCCGCCGGCUAUUUUCAAAUCAUCGUGCGAAAUCGAUGUUCGCUAUUUUCCGUUCGAUCAGCAAACAUGCUUCAUGAAGUUCGGUUCGUGGACCUAUGAUGGUGAUCAGAUUGAUUUAAAGCACAUCAAUCAGCGAAACGAUAAAGACAAUAAAGUCGAAAUCGGCAUAGAUUUGCGUGAGUACUAUCCCAGCGUGGAGUGGGAUAUUUUAGGUGUACCAGCAGAGCGGCAUGAGAAAUACUAUCCAUGCUGUGCUGAACCAUAUCCAGAUAUUUUCUUCAACAUAACACUGCGUCGUAAGACACUCUUCUAUACCGUCAAUCUCAUCAUACCCUGCGUCGGUAUCUCCUACUUAUCCGUGCUCGUAUUCUACUUACCCGCCGAUUCUGGUGAGAAAAUCGCGCUCUGCAUAAGCAUUCUACUCUCCCAGACUAUGUUCUUCUUGCUAAUUUCGGAAAUUAUACCGUCUACAUCGCUAGCCUUACCGCUGCUUGGCAAAUAUCUACUCUUCACUAUGCUUUUGGUGGGGCUGAGUGUCGUCAUCACGAUUAUCAUACUCAAUAUACAUUACCGCAAGCCGAGCACACAUAAGAUGGCACCGUGGGUGCGUGCCUUCUUCAUCAAACGGCUGCCGAAAUUACUGCUGAUGCGUGUGCCAAAAGAUUUGCUACGCGAUUUAGCGGCUAGUAAAAUUAAUUACGGCACCAAAUUUAGUAAGACCAAAUUCGGCAAGGCGCUCAUGGAUGAGAUGCAAAUGAACUCGGGCAGUUCCAGUCCGGAUUCAUUGCGCCGCAUGCAGGGGCGCAUGGGCGGCUUAGGCGGUGGCGGUUGCAAUGGACUGCAUGCCACCAGCGCAACCAAUCGCUUCAGCGGUCUGGUAGGCGCUUUGGGUGGCGGCUUAAGCACUCUCAGCGGUUACAAUGGCUUACCGUCGGUACUCUCCGGCCUGGACGACUCACUCAGCGAUGUGGCGCAGCGUAAAAAAUAUCCAUUCGAGCUGGAAAAGGCAAUUCACAAUGUAAUGUUCAUACAGCACCACAUGCAGCGACAGGAUGAAUUCAAUGCGGAAGAUCAAGAUUGGGGUUUUGUUGCCAUGGUACUGGAUCGUCUCUUUUUAUGGCUCUUCAUGAUCGCAUCACUGGUUGGUACAUUCAUGAUUCUAUGCGAGGCACCUUCGUUGUACGACGACACGAAGCCGAUCGAUGUGGAGUUGUCGGUGAUUGCCAAGCAACUUUAUAACUUAACCGAAAAGAAGUCAUAAGCGUCGAAGCAGAAAGCAAAGAUAAAGGCGUAAAUCAUUAAAUAAAAAAAUAAGAAAAAAAUAUAAUGAAAGUAAAAGACUUCUUAAAAGAAGCUGAGCUUAAUAAAAUUAACGCUUACUUAGAAAUAUGGUAAGCAAGAAGCACACAACGUGCGCGCACUGAAGGUUUUCUCGCAAGACUUGACUCUUCCAGAAACAAAAUUUUAAUAAAAAUUAAUUAAAAAGAAAGUUAAAUACGAACAUGGCAAGCUAUACUGCGUGUUUGCCGGGUAAAAAAUAAUGUUAAAUUAAACAAAUCACAUAAAUGAGAAAUAUUUGUAGUUAGUAAGCACUUCGAAGCACAUAAACCCCUAAGAAAUAUGGAGCAUUUAAAUAAAAAUUAAUUAAAGAGAAAAA